AUGAAUACUGUGAAAGAAGCUAUUAACACGUUUCUUGGUCGCAAACCUUCUGGACCGAAAGUUCGAUAUGGUGUUGUAGCUGCUGGAUGGAUCAGUCAAAGUUCAUUUAUGCCAGGAGUGGGACAAACAUCGAAUUCAGUAUUAACUGUACUAAUUAGUGAUGAUGCAGAAAAACGUGACAAACUAGGCAAAGAGUAUAAUUUGAAAUCAUAUAGUUAUGAUCAAUUUUCGCAAGCACUUGAAGAUGGUCAUUGUGAUGCAUUUUAUAUUGCUACACCAAACAAUCAACAUCGACAAUUUGCUGUUCAAGCUCUUGAAAAAGGUUUCUAUAAACUUGUUUUAUAUCAUAUUUGUUUAUCGUAUAGAUUAUUAGGUUAUCAUGUAUUACUUGAAAAACCAAUGGAGGUUACAGAAGAAAAUUGUGAAGCUAUAUUAGCUGCUCAAAAAAAAACUGGUGCUAAAUUAAUGAUUGCUUAUCGUCUUCAUCAUGAACCAGGAACACUUGAUGUUAUUGAUCGUGUUCGAAAAGGAGAUUUUGGUGAUCUUCGUAUAUUUUCAUCAGUUUUUACUCAACUUGUGAAACCUGAAAAUCAUCGUGCUAAACAAGAUAAAUAUUUGUUUAAGCAGAAAAAUAUUUUUAUUGAAAAGAUGACAGUCAGAAUAAAUAUCUUUCAACAGAGACAUUGA